GCGUUCUCCUUCCCGGCGUGCGGGCCCUGAAGCCGCCGCGGGCCGAAGCCCGGGAGGUUUUUUGCGUGUUGCAGGUGGACGCGGCCAACCGGGCUCGCACGGCUUUGCUGCCCUGCAAGACGGCGUUCCUCGGCCUCAACCACACCUUCAACUUGGAGCUGGAGGGUGCCCGGCACCUCAAAGUGAUCAUCUUCUCUUGGGAUCCCACCUCCUGCCGCAACCGUCUCUGCUGCCAUGGCACCGUGGUCCUGCCCCACAUUUUCAGAGGUUGCCGGGCUCAACAGUUGGCGGUACGGCUGCAACCUCGCGGUGUCCUCUACUCCAAAUUCACCUUGGUGGAGCAAUGGGACGGUCCCGGCGAGCGGGAACCCCGCGUCUUCGGCGUGGAGCUGGGCCAACUGGUGGAGAGGGAGAAGACGGCCACCAAGGUGCCCCUGCUCAUCCAAAAAUGCGUGGCCGAGAUAGAGAAACGAGGGCUGAAGGUGGUGGGGUUGUACCGGCUCUGCGGUUCGGCCGCCGUCAAGAAAGAGCUUCGUGACGCUUUCGAGAGGGACAGCGCGGCCGUGACGCUCUCGGAGCAGCUCUACCCUGACAUCAACGUCAUCACGGGGAUCCUCAAGGAUUACCUGCGGGAGCUGCCCACGCCGCUCAUCACCCCCACGCUCUACCACGUCGUCCUGGAGGCCAUGGCCAAGCGACACCCCCGGACCCCCCCAGGAGAGCGAGACGCUGUCACCCUGCUCGACUGCCUGCCUGACGUCGAGAAGGCUACUCUGACGCGGCUGCUGGACCACCUCAGCCUGGUGGCCUCUUUCCAUGACUUCAACCGCAUGAACUCGCAGAACAUCGCCGUUUGUUUCGGACCCGUCCUGCUCACCCAAAACCAGGAGCCUACCGGCAAUCGCAGUUACGCCCACUGCGAGGACAUCGCCAGCGCCGUUGACUUCAAGAGGCACAUCGAGGUGUUGCACUACCUGCUGCAGGCCUGGCCGGGGUGGCCUGACACCCCCUUCCCCUCGCCCUGCCACCGCCUUGUCACUGUCACCAGCAAUAAACGACACAAGCUGCACUCGCCGCCGGGGCUUUGUGCGUGCGUUGGUGUGACGCCGUCCCCGCAAAGGGCAGGGGGGCAGAGGGGGUGA